AUGGCGAGUCUUCACAGAUUCAAACUUUUGGCAACGCAGUGCGCCGUAGCCUCCAGUCCAGGUCGUAGUCCUACAACCAGCCCCGUUGUCCAUCUCCGUCGUCGCAAAACCCUUCGCAUGCUCCUCAACCGCUCUUCUGCCACCGGUCGCCGUCUUUGUCACAGAGAUCACGAAGACAGCAACUUCGAUCUUUCACCUCCACCUUCGGCGCCGCCAGCUACCUCCAAGACCGACAACAUGAAAAACUCCAACGGGAGAAAAGGAAGGCGAAAAUUAAAGGAACUCUUCAUGGCUUCGCCGCCGUCGGAAGAAAGGGAGAGUAGCGGUAAAAGCUGUGAAGAAGAGACGAAAGAUCUGUUACCGGUUACCGUUGGUUCCGGUGAUGAGCUUACAAGUCGGGGCUCCGGUUCCGUGAGAACUGUAACGGCGUCGUUCCGGUACAGGUUAUUAAGGAGAGCUUGGCGACCGAUGCUGGUCACUAUUUCAGAGUAA